UUCUGAGCUUUCUCUUUCUCUUCCAAGACCAAUCAUAUAAGCUCUCAUGUAAACACCAAACACAACACUUAGCAUGGUUAGUUCAUGUACCAACAAAAACCAUCUAACACUGGUGUAAAACUAGAGCAAGAAAAGAAACCCCCACCUUUUUUCUAUUUCCACUUUCAUUGCAGUCAAAUCCAACCAUAAAAGGCACCCUCUUUCACGCUUAUAAAACAAGUUUCAUCCUUUACAUUACAGCCUCUUCAACCAAUUGGGAAAAAAACUAGAAAAGAGAAGAGAAGAUUAUCAGAUGGAGAUUGAAUCAGUUAAGUGUGAGUGUUGUGAAUUGAAAGAAGAUUGUACCCAAGAUUAUAUUAGCGGAGUGAAGGCCAAAUUUGAUGGGAAAUGGUUAUGUGGGUUGUGCUCAGAAGCGGUUAGAGAUGAAGUAAGUAGAGGGAAUAACGCAUUCGAUAUAGAAGAAGCUGUGAAAGCUCACAUGUCAUUUUGUGGUAAAUUCAAAUCAAAUCCUGCAGUUCGAGUGGCUGAUGGUAUGCGACAGAUGUUGAGAAGAAGGUCAGGAGACUUGAAUUCAUCACCAUCUUCUUCUAAGAAGUACACGAGAUCGGCAAGCACAAAAUCGUAUUAAUACUGAUGGAAGUAAAGGAGAAUGAAUAAACUCCUCUCCUCGGCCGAAAAUAAUAUUAAUAGCUAGCCUUUCAUGUCACGGCUAACUGUCAACUUUUCUUGUACAGGGGAUGUUAAUUUCAAAGAAGCCGUUCUUCCCAGUUCUGUUUUUGUUUUUCACUAGCUACUUGGUAUAUAUCAGUAUGUUCUUCA